GUGUGUGUUGUCGCAGUGUAUUCUGCGCGCAGUGCUCGGUGCGCGUGCGCGAGGGGCGUGGCAGAGCCGCUGACGUCAGAAAGGUCGUGGGUGAGAGGUUGAUCGGGACACAUCUUGUUGUCUUUGUAAGAGUGGAGCUCGAUCACGCAGCCGUGUCUUCCCUCUUCCCCGAAUCCUCUCAAAACUCCCCCCGAACCUCCCGAACCUUCCCCUCUCACCCUCCGGACCCUCGGACCCUCGGACCCUCUCCCCAUCCCGGAGCGCGCGCGUCAGGUUUCUCAUCCGUGACCAAAGACCCCGAGCUUGCCUCACUGAUCAUCAUGGACUCUGGUGUGAUUGAAGGAGGACUCAACGUCACGCUCACCAUCAGACUGCUCAUGCAUGGGAAAGAAGUGGGCAGCAUCAUCGGGAAGAAAGGUGAAUCGGUGAAGAAGAUGCGAGAGGAGAGUGGUGCGCGAAUCAACAUCUCUGAGGGGAACUGUCCCGAACGCAUCAUCACGCUUGCCGGCCCCACCACCGCCAUCUUCAAGGCCUUCUCCAUGAUCAUCGAGAAGCUGGAGGAGGACAUCAGCAGUUCCAUGUCCAACAGCACGGCCACCUCCAAGCCCCCGGUGACGCUGCGGAUCGUGGUGCCGGCCAGCCAGUGCGGCUCGCUCAUCGGCAAGGGCGGCUGCAAGAUCAAGGAGAUCAGGGAGUCGACAGGAGCUCAGGUACAGGUGGCUGGAGACAUGCUGCCUAACUCCACCGAGAGAGCCAUCACGAUCGCCGGCACCCCGCUGUCCAUCAUCGAGUGUGUCAAGCAGAUCUGCGUGGUCAUGCUGGAGUCGCCUCCCAAAGGCGUGACCAUCCCGUACCGACCCAAACCCUCAGGAUCGCCUGUCAUCUUUGCAGGAGGACAGGCAUACGCGGUGCAGGGACAACAUGCCAUUCCUCAGCCUGAUCUCACCAAACUCCACCAGUUGGCCAUGCAGCAGAGCCCGUUCCCUCUGGCCCCCAGCAGCCAGGGCUUCACAGGUGCACACACACACACACACACCACCUCUGGCCCCAGCAGCCAGGGCUUCACAGCUGGUAUGGACGCGUCUGCGCAGACAGGCUCUCACGAACUGACCAUUCCAAACGAUUUGAUUGGCUGCAUCAUCGGCCGCCAAGGUGCCAAGAUCAACGAGAUCCGCCAGAUGUCCGGGGCACAGAUCAAGAUCGCCAACCCGGUGGAGGGCUCGACGGACCGUCAGGUGACCAUCACCGGCUCGCCCGCCAGCAUCAGCCUGGCCGAGUACCUGAUCAACGCACGACUCUCGUCCGAGGCGACAGGGAUGGCUGCGAACUGAUGCCCUCUCUCUCUCUCUCUCUCUCUCUCUCACCCCUCGCUCCGACCCUGUUCUCCUCCUCCAUCACAUUUACGCUCUCUAAGUGCAAAAGGAAACCAAGUAUUUUCGACCCAUCCUUUCCUUUCACCCACCCCAGCUAUGCUUCAUGGAUAUAUACACACACACACAAGUGUUUUAUUUAUUUAUUUCAUGAAAAUGUUUUUAAAAUCCCUUUGCGUACAGUUUUUAAUGUCUCUUUUCUUUGCGUAUUUUUGUCAGUUAAACAUUACCAUACGUAAGCGACAGUGGAGAAAGUGGGAAAAAUCUGAAAAACGCAUUAAUAUGAUUUUGUUAUCUCAGAUUUUUCUUAUAAAAACAGAAAAAAUAAAAAAGAGAGCAACUACAAAAUGAUAGAUUGACCGUUUUUUUCCCUGUAUCGGACAUUUAUUUAUUUUAAUUUAACUCUAGGAAGUUACGGAUUUUAAGAUCCUAGACGUGAGUGUCAGAGGAUGCGCUCUGUUUUCUGCAUCAGGUUUCAGAUGACUUCGGUUUAUUUUUCUUUUUUUGACAUUGAAUAUUUGUCAUUCCUCGAUAUUUGUGUUUUUUUUCUUCUUUAUCCUGAAGUUGGAGGUUUUGUUCGAGGGAGGGUUGGGAGAUGCUGCAGUUUCUGCACACAUGACAUUUACUGCUAUAAUAAUAAUGAGUUGAAAAUAUUUCUUUUAGAGAGAAUAUUUUUUUUAACCCUGUGUUUUCGAGCCCAGACUGGAGGAUUCCCAAUUGACCUUUAUAUGAUGAUGCGACUGAGUUACUGAUCAAUUACAUGACUAGAAGAAACUUUCUAGACUUAACACUAGUUUCCUCUCGACUCUGCUUGAGUAAUAGUUAUGUUUUCUAUUUUAUUUUUUUCUAUUUUAUUUUUUUUUUCUCGCAGGAGGAAGGAAAACCUAAAACCUUUUUGUGCACGUUUUCUGAAUAUUGUAGAUUUUUGGAGUGCAGCUGGAAUGAAGAAUUAAACAUGCAAAAUUAAAACAUGAAAUGCUGAAACUAU